UAUUGCUACAGGAAGAAAUCGGAAUAUAUUUUAUUGAGGUGAAUUGUGAGACGGAGAAUUCUAAUUAUGCAUUCAUUAAUACAAUCACGAUUCUGGAAAUAUGAAAGAAUUCGCCGCGUGAAUAUUUUCCAUUUUUGAAAGUCGUGUUAAAAUGUUGGCAUCAAUAAAACAUUGUGAAAAGCAUCAACAUGGAUUACUUGGUUAUUGUUUCAUGAACGGAACAUUUUUAAUCACCACCUGUUAGCAAAGAAAUAUUUCGAGUAUGCAAGAUCAAAUGUGAUAUGGAAUCGACUUUGAUCAAUAAACAAAACCACAUUUUAAUCAUAAAGCAAGAAAUGGUUAUGAAUUUGCAUUGCAUACAGCAAAAUGACUCUAAGCAACAACAACAUGAUACCAUCCUAACAUUUUCAAUACUAAACUCUGGUUUAGUAAACUCAGGCUAUGAAAGACAAUUCUGAUUAUAAUUCUGAUUAGUUACGCCUAUGCUAUGUGACGCGAGUUAAUAAGUGUUGAGAUAUUGUUUAAGGUUAAGUUGCCCCAGUUGGAGGUAUACUUCUUCAUCACAUAAACUAAUUAUACUGUAUACUUUAGCAACGAUUUAUAAUUAAAUACAUUAUAUACAAUAAUUUUGAAACAUUUUGCAAAAAUAUCGCCGAAGGCAACAACGAUAGACUUAGUAUACAAUUUCCGACAGAAAAAUACUGGCCCAAAUAACUAAUGAAUGACAGGGAUAAUGGGAAAAUGCCCUAUUUUCUGCGUUGAGAGCUCUAAAUAUCCAAAGGUCACAAAGGUACAAAAGAUUAUGAAAUGUAUACGGUCAGUAGAGGGAUGUUUAACAUCCUUAAAAAUGGUUUGACACUCACCUGACUUUGUCUUUAUUUUAAGGUAAAAAUGGUUGUUGACCCUUGGUGGAUCAGUGAAUCAAGGCCAACUGACAGAGAUAUUCAGAAAAUUUGCAAUAAGGUUAGACCUGUCGCUGAAUACACAGCAGAAAAGGCAAAAAAAUGCAAAGUUCCAUUUCCAAGAUUUGUUGCAAUUGAAUAUAAAACACAACUGGAACAUGGGACAAAAUACUUUGUUAAGGUUGAUGCUGGAGUGUGUUUUGUUCAUCUCUGCAUUCAUCAAGACUACGAAUGUGGCGGAGGAAGGAUAAAACUCGAAAAAAUGUUAGUGAAUUUAGACGAAGAUCAUCCAUUGGAGUAUUUCGAUUAAAACUUUGCCACAAUAGCUAUAACAGCACUUAGCUGAAAAUAUCAUCAUUAUCUUACACGUAUUUGCUUUUAAUACUUGGACCACCUAACGUCUUUUGUACAUUUCAAGCAGUUUGUCAAAGAAACGAUCGAUUCAGUGACAUAUAUAUGUUUCUCAGUUUUAUACAUUUAUUUCUAAUCAUAGUUGCGUGCUCUAUAUAAAUAAUAUUAUAGAUAAAUGUAAAUCGUUUUGUGUCAUUUUUACUUCUUUAUGACUUGUUUUUCGUGAUAAAAAUUUUUCCUGCCCAA